AUGCAGCUGAACCGUGCUUCAUGUCGUCUUAACUCUACUAUACUUAUAGUCGGGUCAAAACGACAUGAAGCACGGACAUUUGCGCAAGCGGCUGCGCUCGAAGCGGAGCGUUCGCCAUCUCGAUCCCACCUCGAUUCCAACCGCUGUCUCCACCGCACCGUUUCCGAGCGCGGCCGCCUACGCAACGGAGCUUCUCCCGCGGAGAUGAUUGAAAUCACGGUUAACGAUCGGCUGGGAAAGAAAGUGCGGAUUAAAUGUAAUCCUACGGACACAAUAGGAGAUUUGAAGAAGUUAAUUGCUGCUCAGACUGGAACUCGAUACGAGAAAAUCGUAUUGAAGAAGUGGUAUACGAUAUACAAGGACCACAUUACCCUGCAAGACUAUGAAAUCCACGAGGGAUUCAACUUUGAACUGUAUUACCAGUAA